CACUGGCACGACUGCACUGCAGUGUUACACAGUGAACACGCAUAGCAAAAUAGAGAAAAGAAGUGAAAUUAAUAAUACAUAUUUGCUUAGCACGCAUUAGGUCUUACCGUAGUAGAAAAACAAAGCAAAUACUCAUAUUAUCAGCAAUGCAAAGCGUGCUAAAUACAGUAAAAGGCAAAGCGCUUAAUGUGGCAGAAUAUUUGACACCAAUUCUAAAGGAAUCGAAAUUUCGCGAAACUGGAGUCUUAACACCAGAGGACUUUGUGGCAGCCGGUGAUCACUUGGUGCAUCACUGUCCCACUUGGCAGUGGGCAGCGGGUGAUGAAAAUAAAACAAAGCCAUACUUACCAAAAGAUAAACAAUUUCUGAUAACACGCAAUGUGCCAUGCUAUCGACGCUGCAAACAAAUGGAGUAUGUGGGGGAAGAGACUCUGGUAGAGGAGGAGUCCGGCGAUGGUGGAUGGGUGGAGACACAUCAAUUAAACGAUGACGGCACCAAUCAACUCGAUGACAAAAUAUGCGAAUUAACGCUAGACGAGAGCAAGGACGAAAUGCACACUCCAAAUUCCGACAAGAUGUUGCCUACAGCGGCAGCAAAUGACGAGAAUGAUGACGAUGAUGAGGCCAUUGACAUGGAUGCAUUUGAAGAAAGCGGCAUGCUAGAUCUUGUUGAUCCCGCAGUCGCCACCACAACACGAAAGCAAGAGGCAGAAACACGUCCAUGCAACACAACAGCAUCAGUUGUUGCAAGCGAGACUGCUAGUAGCGGGGACUCCGUAUUACGCACGCGCACCUACGAUCUGCACAUCACGUACGAUAAGUACUACCAGACGCCUCGGCUAUGGGUGUUCGGCUACGAUGAGCAGCGGAAGCCACUUAAUGUGGAGCAAAUGUACGAGGAUGUAUCGCAGGAUCAUGCCAAAAAGACUGUUACCAUGGAAUCGCAUCCCCAUUUGCCAGGUCCCAAUAUGGCAUCGGUGCACCCCUGUCGCCAUGCUGAUAUUAUGAAAAAGAUCAUCCAAACUGUUGAGGAGGGCGGCGGCCAACUCGGUGUACAUUUAUAUUUGAUCAUAUUUUUAAAAUUUGUGCAAACAGUUAUACCAACUAUUGAAUAUGAUUUUACGCAAAACUUCAACAUGUCCUAGAAGCUUGGUUAUAAGCUACCUUCACGCAAUACAACAGCAAUAUAAUAAAACAAAUUACUCAUUAUAAAACCAUAA